AUGUCCUUCUCACGCGCACAUCUCCUCCGUGCUUCAGCCCUCCGUCCAGCACGCACCACCACCCGCCGUCCCACGCAGCAAUUCGCCCGGCGAACCUAUGCAUCAGCAUCGCAUGGUGUCCAGGCGUCUAGCAAUCUCCCCUGGAUGAUCGGUUCCGCCACCCUCCUCGGCCCCGGCCUCUACUAUCUCCUCCAGAACAGACCGCAAAAGCAAGCACACCACGCCAGCCACGAUGACCACGGGCCCCCAAAAGAAGCCCACGCCCCCGCCGGCGAGUCCGCACCGCAGCCAGACCGUGAUGCGGAGCAGAAGGUAACUUCGCAGCAGGAGCAGCCGCAGCAGCAAGGGGAGGAGGAAUCGUCCAAAGACGUCCCUGAAAACCCCGGCCGCACAACCAUGGAGGUCGACAGGGGCCGCUCGGAUAACCCGUACGUGAACGAGCCCGGGAAGAGCGAAAAGGGCGAGGGCGAGACCGAGACUGUCAAGGUGAAGGGGAGCGUUUCCCCGGAACGGCCGCAGGCCUAG